AUGGAGGAGGCGGAGGGCUCGCCAGGUUGGGUCUGCGGGACGGGCUUCGCAGCGGUUCGCCUGCGGCAGCAGAGACGACAGAUGGAGUUGCUCUCGGAGAUGACCAAGAGUCUCUGUGAGGAAACGCAGAAGGCGAACGCAGAUCCUCCUGGGACUCCCUCCGCCGCGGAGCUGCUUCGCUUGCGCUGCCAGAUUGAGGAGUUGCAUAUGAGCCUCCGAAAGAAAGACAGCGAAAUUAAUGCAGCAAAGGCGAGUCACAGACAAGCUGUCUCCGAGCUCGAGCAGCGCAUCUAUACGCUGGAGAGAGACGCGGCGACGGCGAGGACUUCCACAAAAGAAGUCGAAAGACUCUGCAGCCAGCGGGUGCUGGAGUUGCGCAAGCUGCUCUCGGACCGCGAGGCGGAGGUCGUUUCGAGUUCGGAGAAGCUGAAACUUUUAGAGACUUCGCUGGAGGCGGCACGCGAGGAGGGCACUCGCGCGCGCGCGGAGGCGGAGGCGCAGAGACAGAAGCUCGAGGAUGAGCUUUUCGAGUUGAAGAAAGCGCGGCAAAACGAGCGCGAAGAACGGGACGAAGCGCGCAUGCAAGUCCUCAAGCUGACGGGGCAGCUUGCGGAGAAGGAAGAGGAAAUUGCACUCGAAAAAAAAACGCGAGCGGAAGAAACAGAGAGGCGCGAAAAAGACUUCGCGCUCCAGCGCGAGACCCUGGAGAGCGUCAUCAGCGGCCUGCAGCGGAACUUGCGCGAGGUCGCGGCGGCUAAGGAGCCCGGCAUCGAUGAGCGCACACUCUACGCAGAGAUGAAGGCCAAAUGCGCAAAAUACGCUGAGAAGAUUUCGGCGCUGCAGAAGGAGCUCGUGGCGACGGCGCGCCAGCAGGAGGCACUGGAGCAGCAGAAGCAGCAAGUUGAGCAGCAGAAGCGCCAGGAACGCGAACUCGAGGAAACCACGCGAGCGUUGAAAGAGACAGAGCUGCAGAAGGAGCAGAAAGAGCGAGAGCUUCAAGCGUGGGGGAAACUCGCGGCAUCGUUUGUGUUGGACGAGCCUCCGACGCGCGAGGCGUUUCGUCGGUAUCUGCUGCUCCUGGUGAAUGCUUUGCAAGCCUCGCAGUUUGAGAAAACGAGUGCGACGGCGCACAUUGCCGACCUGGAGCAGCAGCUGAAGGCGGCUGAGGAGACGCUGAAGGAGCGCGAGGAGACGCGCGCACUUCUGGAGACGAAGCUUGAACAGGCAGACCAAAAACACGCACAAGUCAAACGGGAAACCGCCGAGGCGAAGCACCAAACGGAGUUGCUCAAAAGUCGCCUGGCAGGGGCACUGAGCCUGACGAGCGAGGAGGUGGCGCGGCUGACGGCGUCGCUGCGGUUCACUGCAGAGAAGAAAAAAGUGAGCGCCGCGGGCGAUGCAGGCGAGGCGAGCGACGCCGACUCCCGGGACGCGGCUGUCGCGUCGCUGCAGGCGAAGGUCCAGGAACUCCUUGCGCACGCGGAGAUAUCCGACAAGCUCGUCGCGCAGCUCGAAAAAGCCAAGGAGAGACUCGAGGGCGACCUGGCAACUGCGCACCAACUCGCCGAGGCCUCCGCCUCGCUCCAGCGAGAGAAAGACGACCUUGCGACAGCGAACACUCAACUGACGGCCGAGCUGCACAAGGCCGCAGACCGCGUCGCGGAGCUUCAGCGCCGUGCGGAGUCCGCUCAGCGCGAAGCGACCGACCUGCGCCUGCAGGCGGGCAGGGAAAAGAGUCUUCAGCUCGCGCUGCAGCGGGCGCGCGAGCGCAUGGCGGCCCUGGAGCUUCAGCUCGCCCGUGGCGCGCCAGACGCUCAGCAGCUGCAGCGGCAAGUCGAAUCGCUGACGGCGGAGGUCGCUGCAGCCAAGGAGCGACUGAAGCUCCUUCAGGAGAGCUACACGAAACAGAUCUCGGGCGUUCGUGAUGCAAUUUAUCACACUUUGGGAUGGAACGUGUCCUACAAAGCUUCUACAGGAGGGCACGACGAGUCUGUGACGCUGCAGAGUUUGUAUUCGACUCAUGACGGCCUCGUUGUCUUCACCCGGCGGCGAGCUGACAGCGGCGACGCCCUGGAGAGCUCGGCGCAGGGAGGAGGCGAGGGCGAGCGAACUAGCCAGAAGCGAAGAAGAGACUCUUCAGACAGCGCGCAGAGGGCGGAGCGAGAAGGAGAGAGCGGCGCGCAGGCUGCUCGCGACGGCGCGGAUAGCGAGCCAGCCAAGCAUGCUGAAGCCGCUCCCGCGGCCGUCGAGGAACCCCCCAGGGACAAGUGCUUGUCUCGAUUCGCCAAAGAGCGGUUCCGCGUCAGCUUCCUUAACGCCUACGCGACGAAAUACGAAAGAGACGACCAGUUUAGAGGCCGCUGUGCGAGCCUCGCGUGGCCGGCCUUCACGGCGAUGCUUUGCCUAGAGGAGCUGCAGACGAUUCGAGCGCAGUUUGGCAGCCGCAUCCCUAAAAACGUCCACGGGAUGCUGCUGCCCAUGCCGUAG